AUGAAAUAACAAAUCAAAUAAAUUAAUCAAUAAUAAUAAAAGCAAAGUUUGAUAUAAUAAAAAAAUGAGUUAAAUUAAGAAAGAAAGAAAUAAAAAGUACAAUAAAAAUAAACCAAAUAAAAACUCAUAAACAAAUUAAUAGAUAAAUAUAAUGUUUUAAUUUCUUGUAUCAUAAAUUUCAUAAUAUCGUAUCCCUAUCAAAUAUAACUUGAUUGUGAAAUGUUAAGGACUAUGAAAUUAAUUUAUGCAUAUUCAUAUAGUCUAAUUUGUCCUCUUUUCAAUGGUAAAUUAUUUAUUAAAAUAAGAUGA